AUGUCACCUGCUUAUGGAUACACGGAUUCUCAUCCCCGUCAGAGCUACAUGACGCCUUGCAGGCAACAUCACCAGGCAACGCCAGAUGAGAUUCCACCUCAACUGGGGAUCAAUCCAACCGUAUUUCCUGUUCCACGUGAGCCCUUGCCAUACCCUUAUGCUGGUAAUUGCAGCUAUCCUGCGCCAUGCCGUGCUUGCUAUAACCACACGGCAACUCCCAGCUACUAUCACAGACCACCCUACCCUCACUUUUUCCAGCCACUGCCGUUUCAUGGUUGGGGACCUUAUCCUGGGAAUGGCGAAACCUUUGCUAGUCAUUAUGAGCUGCCCUACCCACCAGCUUAUCCAAUGGAACGACCAUAUAUGGCUCAACAAGACCAUUGCUGUGGAUGCCUUAAUCAUGUAUGUGACCCAAAGAACGAAAAGGGUGUCAAGAUAGAAGAGCAGGUACCACUCGAUUCAGACAAGAAGGGUGAGAAUUAUUCAGAGUCCUUGGUGCCAGCGAACUGGAGAAACUUUCCAUAUCCGAUUGUUUGGAUCCCACCUGAAAAUAACAGGAACAAAGAGCAGGGAACCCAUACCAAACCAAGGAUCACGGAUCUUGAUACUGCUUCCCAAGAAAAGAAACCAGCUCUUUCAUCAUUGCAGAAGGAACCUGGGUGGAAUCGUUGGUUUCCUCUCUUCAUGGGUGACUAUGACCAUUCAAAAUCAGGAGGAGAAAAGAAAAGAUCAAAUAAAAGUAACUAUUCGUUUCCUGUCAUCUGGAUUCCUUCUUAUGAUAAACAGGAGGAGGCAGGGGCAGAGAAGGACCAACAAGCCAAUACACGGGAAUCUCCUAAAUCCAAUUUCACGGUAUUGCCGAUGCGGAUUCAUAACAAUCAUAAUAAAACUUCAGAUGGAGGACCGCAAGAAAAUUAUGAAAAUGAAGUUGGGUCACACCAGCAGGAUGCAGAGAAGAACAUUCAUGUGAAAGACAUAGAACCUUGUGUGGGCAAGAAUAACUCGCGAGACUCUCAAGAAGCAGCAGCAAAUGCCUUGAACAAAAGAGCUAUAAAUACACUCGUUGAUAGAGUCCCUGGAUCUGAUGCCAGAAAGUCAUCAUCAUCCCCGACGAAAACAUCAAAGUUGCCCCCAGUUUGUCUGAGAGUUGAUCCCUCGCUGAGCAAGAAAGGCCACAAUGGUAGUUCAAGUUCUCCUAGUCCUCCAAGUUUUGAAACGAAAUCUCACAGUUCAAGUGAUGCAUCCUCUACAGACAGUAACGAACAAAAGUCACGCCCCCAAAGCAUAAACAGAACUUCAGAGGAGCACCCGAAAAGGAAAGAAGUGAAAGUCAUUGAGGUGAAGGGGGAAACUCCUAAUCCUAGCGACAACAAUAAUGGAGACUUACAAAGCAGUUUGCAGGUUGAAUAUUCAGAAAAGAUUAAAGAGAACAAAGAACACAGUGAGAAGGAGGAGGUUUGUGAAAUUAAAGAGGACGAGGGAGCUACAAUUGCACGUGAUGAAAGCACCGAAAAAAGAAGUAAGGAGUUGGGAGCCUCAAGAACUCUAUCUGAUGAAGAAGCUGCUAUGCGCAUUCAGUCUGCCUUUCACGGUUUCCAAGUGAGGAAAUGGGAGACCCUGAAGAAACUAAAGCAAAUGGCGAAGGUUCGUGAUGAGGUGACUAAGGUAAGGAAGAGUAUCGAGGAGCUAUCAUCUUCAUAUGACACUUUGCCUGAUCAAGGGAAACUUGAAAGGCAGAAAGUACUCAUUGGAGAAUCUAUAAUGAAUCUUCUUCUACGACUUGAUACAAUUCAGGGAUUACAUCCUAAUUUGCGAGAUAUUCGAAAAUCAUUGGCGAGGGAGCUAGUUGCUUUGCAGGAGAAACUCGAUUCUUUGACAAUGAAGUGCCUGGAGGAAUCUGUUGAUAACUCUGAUACUGCUAGGAAUGAUGAAUGUACGGUCAGCAAGAAAGAACACCAUGAGGAAGCAAAGAGACAGUUUGAAGAGAACCUUUCAGUUGGUGAGAACAUUGGCGGUCAAAUUAAAUCAGACGAACUGCAACUUCUCGAGGUUGGAAAUUCAGUAUCUGAACCCUCAGAGAAUGCAUGCUCGGGUAUCAUUGAUGGUCAGACACAAGUGGCGGUCAAGGAUUUGAGAAGCGAAGCAUCAGCAUCCUUGGAUGUGGAGUCGCAACAAGCUGCCUUGCAGCAUUGUCCUGUACAGGACUUCAGAUAUCUAAACGAAAUUGAUGAUGGCGAACCAUCUGUGGUCAGCAUUAUAAAGCCUAUAGAGACUAAUCCGGACCAUCCUACUGGAGGAAAGUAUGAGAGACUAGAGGUGGCCACGGUGGAGAAAAGUAUCUAUGAUUCUAUGGUUGAAGAUGAGAUUAGGCUGGCAUCCGAUUCGGGAGAUGGAAGCAGCACAAAGAUGGAGUUUAUGAUCAAAGAUCAAGGAACUUCUGCUCUGCAACCAUUGCCACGAGCAGAUGAGGAGAAAGGAGCCAUGGCAUCGGACAGUGCGGGAGUGGAGCCGGAUACUUUUACUGGCCCAACCCUGUGCACUGGAGAUGAUGACUUGAUAUCUCAUGGAAGAGAACCUGAAGUGGAAGCAGCGAGCAAGAUUCAUGUUGCAGAGGAAGAUGUUGCAGAUUCUGUGCUGAGCAAGCAUGAUAAGUUUGGUGAAGUAGAUUCUGUGCUCAAUGGACCUGAUAAGUGCGAUGAAGGUAGCGAUGCUGUUACUUCUCCAGAAAAUUUUGGCAAACUGACCAUUGAGACGCAGCAGCUGGAAGUGCCCAAAGCAUUGACUUCAGAUUCGGAAGUAGUUGACAAUGUGCAUCUAGAGCAGCUGGUUGCACCAGGACCAGAUGAUUUGUCACCUGCUGGCUCUCUAAAGAGUGAGGAUUCUUCUGAGGAUGCAUCCAAUGGAGCGGAACGAGACCAGAGACAUGAAGAUGGUAUCAGCGAUGAAACUCUUUUGCCUCCUCGACCGGAAGAAGCUCAGCCGGGGAUGUUAGGACCCGCAGUGGAAACUUGUCGAGAUGACAAUGAAGACAAGGCCAUUAUCUCUGCUGAUCUUAGCUGCAAUUGCUCUGACAUGUUGAACGUUGAAGCUCUAGCUUGGGAGAAGGAAGAAUUGAUCGCAGCGAAUGUGAAGGAUAUUGACCUGACGACACAUGUUGGAGAGCAAGUGGAUGAACAAGGAGAUAAUCGCGAGGAGGAGGUGGUUGUUGCUCCGGAAAAACCUAUCUCAGAUGAAGGUGCUGAGCAAGUCGAGCAGUCACUGCUUAGUCUCGAUGAUUUAAAUGUGAGCAGGCCUGUGGAGGAGAUGGACGGCAAUCAGAAACUAAUCAAAGAGAACGAGAAACUGAGGGAGAUGAUGGAGAAACUGAUGGAAGCGGGGAAAGAGCAGUUGAACUUGAUAUGUGAAUUGACUGGAAGAGUGAAGGAUUUGGAGAGGAGAUUGGCCAGGAAUAAGAGGGUGAAAUCGAGGUGCAGAACGGUGGGGGCGAAGCCUCGAUCUGUGCAUGCCAAGUCAUGCGCGGAUUCUGUGAAUUGAGAGGGUGGCUGAUUAAUGUCUCAUAGGCAAGUCUUCACAUAAGUUUCUGGGAGAUGAGAUAGUUUGGUGAUGCGGGUGUACGUUGGAACAAAUACAAGUUUAUGUCAUGGAAUAACUGUCUGUUGUAAAGCUUGUCCUCUGUGUUACUGGCUUAUUGUUUCAAUUAG